GGGGGUGAACUCGCUCCGCGUGCUGCACCCGCCUCCAGGGCAGGCGCCGGGUCCGUUCCUCCUGCGGGAUGUCUGCCGCCCACCCGUGGGCCUCCUGGGGUGUCCUUAUGGACCAGUCCUGGGGGAUGGCAGCUGUUGACCCAUGGGUCUCCUGGGGUGAGUCAAGGGCCUGUGCUCCCACUGACUGCAUUGGCUCCCAUGAUGUGGACUCUCCCAGCAGUGACCUACCAUGGCCGGGGAUCCGAUCUGGGGAGCCAGCUCUGUGUCCUCAGGACUCUGCCUGGCGUGUGGAGGAUACCCCUGAGGAGGGAAGGAGGGCUGCUGAGCUCCCGACAGCCCAGAUCCAGGAACCAGUGACCUUCAAGGAUGUGGCUGUGGACUUUACCCAGGAGGAGUGGGGGCAGCUGGACCCUGUUCAGAGGACGCUGUACCGGGAUGUGAUGCUGGAGACCUUUGGGCACCUGCUGUCUGUGGGGAAUCAGAUCCCCAAGCCUGAGGUCAUCUCCCUGCUGGAGCGAGGAGGAGAGCCAUGGUUGGUGGAGCAAACGUGUCCUCAGGGCACCUGUGCAGAAACGGUGAGAAAUCCUGAAAGCAAAGCAUUGAUCCCAACACAUAGCAUUUUUGAGGAAGAACAAUCCCACAGCUUGAAGUUGGAACGAUAUGUGUGGCGUAACCCUUGGUUCUCCAGGUUAGAAAUUUUGGGGUGUGAAGACCAAUUACAGAUGUUCCACGUGAACCAGAGUACAGCUAUGAGGCAAAUGGUCUUCAUGCAAAAGCAAGUAUUAUCUCCAAGCGGCUCUGCAUUCUGUGAACUUGGGGCAGAAUGUAGCCAGAGCUUAAACCUUAUUCCAUCUCAGAGAGUUUCUCAAAUAGAACGUUUCUAUAAGCCUGAUACAAAUGCUGAAAGUUGGAGGUGUAACUCCGCCAUAAUGUAUGCAGAUAAGAUUACCUGUGAAAAUAAUGAUUAUGACAAAGCCUUCUACCAUUCCAUGCAACCUAUUCACCCUGUAAGGAUGCAAACUGGAGAUAAUCUUUUCACAUGUUCUGAUGCUGUUAAAUCUUUCAAUCAUGUACUACAUUUUGGUGAUCAUAAGGGAAUGCAUACAGGAGGAAAACUCUAUGAAUAUAAGGAAUGCCAUCAAAUCUUUAACCAGAGCCCACCAUUUAUUGACCACCCACAAUCUCAUGUUGGAGAAAACCAGUAUGGCUACAAAGAAUAUGAGAAUAUCUUUUACUUCUCAUCCUUUAUGGAGCAUCAGAAGAUCAGUACUGUAGAGAAAGCAUAUAAAUACAAUGAAUGGGAGAAAGUCUUUGGGUAUGACUCAUUCCUCACUCAACAUACAAGCACUUACACUGCCGAGAAACCCUAUGAAUACAAUGAAUGUGGGACAUCUUUCAUCUGGAGCUCUUACCUUAUCCAACAUAAGAAAACUCAUACUGGAGAGAAACCCUACGAGUGUGAUAAAUGUGGAAAAGUUUUUAGGAAUCGUUCAGCCCUUACUAAACAUGAACGGACUCACACUGGAAUAAAACCCUACGAAUGUAAUAAGUGUGGAAAAGCCUUCAGCUGGAAUUCUCAUCUUAUUGUGCAUACAAGAAUUCAUACAGGAGAGAAACCUUACGUAUGUAAUGAAUGUGGGAAGUCUUUCAACUGGAACUCCCAUCUUAUUGGACAUCAGAGAACUCAUACUGGAGAGAAACCUUUUGAAUGUACUGAAUGUGGGAAAUCUUUCAGCUGGAGCUCCCAUCUUAUUGCCCACAUGAGAAUGCAUACUGGAGAGAAGCCCUUUAAAUGUGAUGAAUGUGAAAAAGCUUUUAGAGAUUACUCAGCUCUUAGUAAACAUGAAAGAACUCACUCUGGAGCAAAACCAUAUAAAUGUACUGAAUGUGGAAAAUCUUUCAGCUGGAGCUCCCACCUUAUUGCCCAUCAGAGAACUCACACAGGAGAGAAACCCUAUAACUGUCAGGAAUGCGGCAAAGCAUUCAGGGAACGCUCAGCUCUCACAAAACAUGAAAUAAUUCAUUCUGGAAUUAAGCCCUAUGAAUGUAAUAAAUGUGGAAAAUCCUGUAGCCAGAUGGCUCACCUUGUUAGACACCAGAGGACUCACACUGGAGAAAAGCCCUAUGAAUGCAAUAAAUGUGGGAAAUCUUUCAGCCAGAGCUGUCACCUUGUUGCUCAUCGGAGAAUUCACACAGGUGAGAAGCCCUAUAAGUGUAAUCAGUGUGAAAGAUCCUUUAACUGUAGCUCUCACCUCAUUGCACACCGGAGAACUCACACUGGAGAGAAACCAUAUAGAUGUAACGAAUGUGGAAAAGCAUUUAAUGAGAGUUCUUCCCUCAUUGUGCACCUGAGAAACCACACUGGAGAAAAGCCCUACAAAUGUAAUCACUGUGAGAAGGCUUUCUGUAAGAAUUCUUCUCUUAUCAUUCAUCAGAGAAUGCACAGUGGAGAGAAACGCUUCAUAUGCAGCGACUGUGGAAAAUCCUACAGUGGUCAUUCAGCCCUGCUUCAGCACCAGAGGAGUCAUAGUGAAAGGAAAGUCUGUGAAUUGAACUGAUGGGAGAUUUUCUUUGUACAUUUGAUAACAUUUUGAAAAAAACCCUUAUAAUUAGAAGGAGCUGUUUGUUUUUUUUUUUAGUAAGAGUUAAGUAAGACUCUUCCCCUUACUACUCAAUAGGAAAUAUUUUCUUAGAAGAAACCAAUGAAUGAAAAGAAUAGAGGAAAGCUUAGCAGUUAUGUAGCCCUUAUUUAACUUUAGAUACUUAAGAGUAAAGAAAACUCCAAACUCCUCUCAUGGUCCAUCAGGAAUCCUACUUGAGGAAUUUGAAUGUAGGGAAUGAAACAUCUUUUUGUAAGAGAUCUCAACUAUCUGUGGAUCAGAGUGCAUUGUUGAGGGAGAAACCUUAUGCUAGGAAAAGUGUUUCAGCUGGAAAUACACUGUUUUGCUUUGAGCUGGAGUAUUGGAUGGGAAGCUUAAUAAUAACAGUUUGUGCAUAAUUAUGGAAAUACAGAUUUUGCUAUUAUAAGGGGGAGGGUCUGGGUGCCCUUUAAGGAAUAGAAUGUGGAAUAUUAAGUUUGAAUUUAAGAGAAAAAUAGUAUUGAACGGUAUAUUUACUGUUGAUCAAGAUUAACCUUAGAAAUGAUUAGUAAAUGAGAUUACUAAUGGUGGAAAUAUUAUUGCCUAGAAGUAUGAGACUGAUGUUGUUGGGACAAAAAGCGAUACUUAAUAACCCAGUGUAUCAGUGUCCACAGUUUACUCAUUACUGCAUUGUUGGACAUUAGUUUUUAAUUUGUUUUAGGCAAUUGCUGUAAGUUAUGAUUAUGGACACUGCAUCAACAUACAUAACCUGAAGGAAUAAAAAGGACACAGAGUUGUAAAUACGUAUCUAACAUCUAAAAAACGUAUAUUAAUAAGAACUGGAAAGACCCAUGGAUAAAUUAACACAGUUAAUUUUUAAAAAGUUUUUUUAAGUUUUACAAACAUACAGCACUUAACUAUGUGCUAGACUUUGUUUUA